AUGCGCCUACGAUUGCAAAAUGAUCCACCAGCACACAUAUUUUCCGAACAUUUACUAGAUAUUGGGAACGGCAAAAGAGAUGUUCAACCAAAUAUGCAAUGCAUUAAACUGCCAGACAAUUUCUGCACUGUUCCUCAGGAAAAAAAUGAAUUGAUUCACAGUAUUUUUCCGAAUAUACAGAAUAAUUACUUGAAUCACAACUGGCUCAGUCAUCGAGUGAUUUUGGCAGCUAGAAAUGUUGAUGUUGACGAAAUUAACUUUCAGAUACAACAGUUGUUACCAGGCGAUCUGAUGCCUUUUAAAUCAAUCGAUACUGUUGUUGUACGUAAUUUGAAUCCACCUCAAUUAUGCAACGGUACGCGUUUGGUCAUCAAAAAGAUCACUGGAAAUAUUCUUGAAGCAACUAUUUUAACUGGGAAGUUUAAAGGAAAAGUGGUCCUGUUGCCACGUAUUCCAAUGAUACCAUCAGAUUCUACCAUACCCUUCAGAAGGCUACAGUUUCCAAUUCGUUUAGCUUUUGCCAUGACUAUAAAUAAGUCUCAAGGCCAAACAAUGUCCAUUUGUGGUUUAGAUUUGGAAAAUCCAUGUUUUUCCCAUGGGCAACUAUAUGUUGCAUGUUCACGUGUAGGGAAACCGUCGAAUCUAUUUGUAAACUUUGUAAUCGAGAUACGCGGUAGCGUAUCGGCCAAGUACACGUUUCAUACGCGAAAGAUCGGCGAACGCUACCAAGUGAAAACUGCCGUAACUACGUAA